AUGCCUAUUUGUCGUGCAAUCGGCGAGUCGGAAUCUUCAGAGAACACUCCAGUCGUGACAACCCGCUCCGCUCGCCCCGUCCGUAAGAUCACUGUUAAGGAAGCCUAUUGGACUCACGGCUUGUUUGACUGGCUGGAUGCGUGUACGCUGCUGGAACACCUGUCAUUCAAGCUAGUCUUGCAACAGGAUGAUGAACCCUCGGAAGAUUAUCGAUUUCGUGCUCCGCAAUUCCGUCGGCACCUCCUUCGCUCCCGAUCGACACUGAGGACGCUUCAUCUUGGUGCGACGCAGACGCAGACCAGCCUGACAAGUGGUCUGAUCGAUGAGGAUGGGCCAUUAGGCUCUUUGCAGGGGUUCACCUACCUCCAGGAUCUUGACGUCCGACAUGCCCAUCUGCUCCUAUUGGCCUCGCGGCAUCUGAAGAUUAGGCACGUUGUCGAUGAGAACCUCGGUAGUCUUCUGUCUGAGCUGCUGAAUGUGGUGCAGCGGCGGGACUUGUUUCCUCGGCUUGAAGAACACAUAAUCAAAGUUGAAGAUGUAGAGAACAAACCAUUGGAUCCUUUGAGACAAGCAUGCACGGCCGCUGGUGUUAAGUUUACCGCUAAGUUGCAGAAGGUCUGGCUUAGGGGGUUUAGGUUUCGUCGCAAUUGA